AUGAUGGAAAGUCUUAAUCGAGCGAAUUCCCUCUUUGUUCAAGAUCAAUUUAGUUCAGCUAUUCCGCUAUACCAAGAAGCCCUUGCUGAUGCUAGUUGCUCAUUAGAAGCACAAAUAGGCUUAUCUUCCUCUUAUCUGAAGCUUGGAGAACUACACAAUGCAGAAAUCUCAGCAACCCGAGCAAUCGAGAUCGAUCCAUCAUCUUCUUUAGCUCAUUUUAGGAAAGGUCAGGCUUUAUUUUACCAAAUGAAAUUCCAAGAAUCUUUGAUUGAGUUUGAAUCUUCAGGAAAUCUUGGGAAUAAUUGGGUUGAAAAAUGCAAAACUGAGCUUCAUAGAAAUGCUUAA